AUGCAGAGCACACUAGAGCUAACCUGGCCACCCGUCUGGCGAAAGCCGCCCGACCUCGCCGCCGCGAAGGACGAAAACGAAGAAGCGGUGCUAGACCGGUUCGCGCGCGACGAGGGCCCGCGGGAGGAAGUGAACCGCAGCGACAUCUGCGCCGUCUGUGGCGGUGGUCAGGACGCCGGCCCGUUCGUCGACUGCGUCGGGUGCCGGGUUAGAGUCCACCGGGGUUGCUACGGCGUCGUCGGCGCGCCGCCGCCGCGGUGGCGCUGCGACCCCUGCCGCGCUGACACUAAUCCGCUGUGUGGUCUCUGCGGCGCGCACGGCGGCGGCCUGAAGCGCGUCGGCCGCACGGGUGGCUGGACCCACGUGUGCUGCCAUCUCUGGACGCCCGAGCUCGAUGCUGACGACGACAUGUGCGCCGUCGACCUCGACGUCGGCCCCGAGCGCGCGGAGACGAGGUGCGACGUCUGCGGCCGCGGCAACGCCGUCCGGUGCGGCCACGCGGGCUGCCGCGCCGCGGUCCACGCGAGCUGCGCCCUCAAGGCGUCGGCACCUUUCGCCCUGUCUACCGUGAUCAACGGUGAGAGCGAGAGCGAGAGCGAGAGCGAGAGCGACGCCUCCUGCAUGCCCUUUGUUGUUUUGUGCUAUCAGCACCGUGGCGACUGCUGUAUUGUUUGUGGCGGCAGCGACGUCGGUCCCCAGGACCUUAUAUCUUGGUCGGACGGCCGCGCCUACGUUCACGUGAAUUGCCGCAGCAGUCAUCUAGCACUACAACAGCUCGCUGGAGAGCCCCUCGUCUCUGCGCUGACGGUGCUCGUCCGCCGUGUGGGUAUUGGCUUGGACUUGGAUUAUCACGGCCAGGCAGAGAGCCCGCUUUACCUAGCCGUCCAGGAUGGCAGGCUUGACGCGGUUGUAGCGUUACUCCGGCUCGGACACCCAGACGAGGUAGAGGAGCACGACCCUCGCGAGGGAGACCAGGUUACACCUCUCUUUUUGGCAUACUACCUUUUUUGCGACGACGGCGACCCACGACGGGGGCAAAUCUUUGAGCUUCUCGUAAGCUGCAUUUACCAUAGGGAAGAAGGGUUUCAGGAUGGAUACCGUGCGUACUUGACUCAGGAAGUCGGGGAUGACGGCGACUACAUCACCGUACUUCAUUUGGCCGCUGCGAAUUUCGACUACUAUAGUGUCAACCUCCUCCUGCAGCUCGAUGAAAUGGUGCAGGUGCGCUCCCCAUGCUCGGGUGCGCAACAAUUCCCUCUUGAUGAGAUGUUGAGGAUCUACGACAACCUGGGUGCGCGGGAGAAAGAUGAACACUUGGUUUCUGCUGCGAAGACGGCGCUCUUGCUCAUUUGUGACGGUGGGGAAUGCAGCCGGCGCUCACUUCCCCUGUUUAAGCGACUAUGGGGCGCUUGGGAGAAGCGCUAUCUCGCGUAUUGGGGGAGGAUUGUUUCGCAAUUGUCGCGAGGGAGUGGAACCCAGUUACCCCCCGAGUUGGUGGCUAUCAUUGCGCAAUUUAUAAACAUACGACCUCACGCCAUUGGCGAGCACCAGGUCGACUGGUGAAGUACUGUCAGAUAGCAGCUCCGCCCUUGACAAGUGCUCUUGAGCGCGGUGCCGCCGUCCAGUCGAACCGCGCUUCGAUGCCUCGUCGACGCAACAGGGGGCACAGGUCUUUGCGUCGUGUCCGGGUUGGGGGGCCGUACGCCCAUGUGUGGCAAUUGCGGUAUUCGCUCGCUUAAGCAAAACUGCGGUUGCCUCCUUCCACCAACCGCGCAAACUACGAUGCACGUUCCGCGUGAAGUGCAUCGGGUUAAGACCGAAAUCCUCCGGCGGAUUCUGCAAGAUCGCUGCGGAAAAGGCUCCAGCCCCGUGAGCGGCGUAAUAAACAAUUUCCCAAAUUCACAAUUCAUCGUAGUCGCUCGGCGAGACCAAAAAUUUUACAGUAGCGGCCGCGGAACAUACCCUUGCGGCCCACGGAACCACGGUCCACAUCGACAUUUUUGACCCACGAAAUAGUACUUUACAUCCCCCGAGACGACUCCUCCUCCUCGCGCGACGGCGCCGGCGCGCCGCCACCGAGCAGCGUCCCCGCGAAGCCCGUCUCGGCCUCGCGCUCCGUCUUGGCCCGCUUGCCCUGAUGGGGCGGCGCCUUGGCGUCCGCGGCGUAAAAGAGGAGCUCGUCGAGCGUCGCCGCGCCGGGCAUCUCGUCGGCGACAUCCACAAUACGCGCGUAGAGCGCGUCCCGCGCGCGCACGCCCGACUGUCGUAACGUUAACGCCGCGUCGAGCUCGCCGCCGCCCCGCGCCAACAAAAUAAUAGCCUUGGCCGCGGCGUUCUUGCGCUUUUUGCUUAAAGGUUUUGUUAAAUCGCGCAGCGCCGGACGGCUCGAGUCGAUCGAGUCCUCGUCGCCCGAGCUCCCGUACUAGAGGAUUAGGUACGUAGAUCACUGCUGAGAUUGUACUUGUUGUUUGGAAAAAUAGGGCCCGGGCCGCCCGGCCCGUGCUAGCGGGCUGUAAGACACUAGCAAAAGCUUACCUGUGGCAAAAGCUGCCACUGGUGCUUGCCCCACCGGGUUAAAUUCCACGUUUCGCCCUGCUAGGGACCAUUGCCGCAGAGUUUCCCGAGAGCAAUACUCGCUGCAAUCCCAGCAAUGCUGGCUGGUGUUAGGCCUACUCAUAAAAGCCGCCAGCGGAUCUGCCAGCGAUGGUUCUCCGGUCGCCGCGCCGGUCGCCGCACCAGCGCAAGAACAGCUAGCACUGGCCACCACGGCGAGCGCUUACGCCCACGCCUGGACGGCGAGCGACUCGCUGCGAGAAGGUAGAGGUAUAGGCUACUGCCUCGCGGCGCGGCGGCCGACGCGCGCGCGCGUCAGCAUCAAGCGACGCGGCCAGAAGGGUGACUGGCUCGGCGGGCCGCGCGACCACUGCUACGUGCUAGCGUUUGCUCUAGACGAAAAUAGAGCGUUCAAGCGAGACGGUGCGCCGUGCAUCGCGUCCAUCCGGAAGCUUCGCCUCGAUUCGAGCGACGAAGAAUUGGUUUUGGACGACGUCUCCCUCAAGGCGGGCUCGACUGUGCAAGUCUACGUGGCCUCGAACCGCUUGAGUGGCUCCUGCGCCUACGACGUCCGCGCGGAGUCCGACGCCGAGCUAGAAGAGUUACCAGAGCCGACCGGUGGCUACCGCGGCGUACGCGAUCAACCAGAGGACGUCGGGCGAGCACGUGCUGUGCGUGGACGGCGGCGGCGCGUGCGGCGUGGUACCUCUCGCCGUGCUGGCGGAGUGCGAGCUGGAGACAAGGACCUCUAUUAGAGAUCAGUUCGAUUUAUUUGCGGACACGUCCACGGGUGCCAUCGUGGCCUUUGGUCUUGCGAUCGCGGAGCUGCCCGUGGCCGUCUUGCAGAGAUUGUAUGAUGAUCUCGUGAGGCUGAUCUUCGGGUCGAAGAACUUAAAUGCGCAGCAGCGGCGGUGGCGGUUACAAGCUGUGUGGAAAUCAACCAGUGCGUCGGGUGCACCCGACAAUUCUUCGCUAAGUCAUUUCUCGGCGACGGCGCGGCCGUCCUGGCUCGGUCGAGCGGUGAGGAACAAGCACUACCACGCCAUCGAGCAGGCGUCGCAACGCGCCGUAAAAUUUUGAUUUCCACACAGGUCGCGGGCGCGUCCGUCGAGGACAACGUCUUCUCCGUCUUGAUCCACUGGCGCGGCGUCGCCGAGGCCGACCGGCCGCGCGUCGCGGGGGUCGUGGACGCCGCUCGUGCUGGCCAGUGCACAAGUCAAUUUCGCAACCCUUUCUCCGCUGAAUCAUGACCUCCACGCCAUCGACGUGACGCCUGCUCGACGGCGUUGCGGCACAGUUCUCGGACGGCGGGAAUGACCAGCGCGGCGGCGUCGUCGACUGGUUGAUUUGCGCGCAGGCGCUGGCGCCCUUUAGGACGCUACGGAAGUUCAGCUGCAAGUGCGUCUUCGAGCUGCGGCCGUCGGCGGCCUGGGCGAAGCGGCGCUUUACUUAUUAGAUAUGGUGCGCGAGGCCGAGGGUGGCGCGCGCGCACGACUGGUUCGACGGCGUUCAGCCCAUCUACGUCGGCGACGACGUGACGGACGCAGCGCUCAACAAGUUCGUCGGGCCGGCCUGGAGGUAUUAUGUACUAUUCUGGCCGCCUCGACGCAGCGCGAGAGUGCCUGGCGUCCUCGCACGAGGCGUCUUAGGCUUACUCACCCCAACGUUUGAUUUCCACACGGGUGACGCGUUCAAGGCCCUCGCGCCCUUCGGCCCAGUCGGCGAGCUCGUGGCGCCCGCGGACGAGUCCGAGCGUCCGGCGCGGACGCGCGCGACGCACCGCCUCCGCGUCGUCGACGACGUACGCGCGUUCCUGGACGCGCUCCCGGCCUCGAUCUCUGAUAAGGAAGGCGUUUUAGUCGCGGGCGUGGAAACGGACGGAAACGAUCUCGUAAUCGAAGGCACCGGCCUCACCGGACACCCGGACGCGAGGGCGCGGACUGUGGGUUAUCCCAAGAGUCAGGUCAAGGUCCUGACAGAAAAGGAUGUUGACCUUUUGGAACCGUUCCUGAUCCAGCCGCCCGCCUGUGGAAAGAAGCUGACGGUGCACGCCUACGCCGCGUCCGGAGACGAGAUGGCCAUUGUAAUCUUCGCGCCCUCCGACGGCGGAACAGUAGCGUCGUCGCAGUUACGGGCCUUAACUAACGCGGCGUUUAAAAAGGUCGAUGCGGCGCUGCGCCAGAAAGGGCUCACGAAUGACGAGAAGACGGGCGGUUCCUACUGGCCCGCCGGAGUUGCAGGCAGCUUUGUUUCAAGUCCGGCCACGCGCACCAUCGACAUCGGAAAGGGCACUGUUGUCGUUCCCUGGAUACGCGAGGACACGCACAAGCCGGCCGUGGAGUCGGUCAUGGCGGCCGUGGCUCCGGUAAUCGGACAGUGCGCCGAGAUUAUACACCAUGGAGUUCCCGACGUACUCGAGGCUAUGUCCCAGGUCGCAAAUCACCCGGUCAUGUGCGACACGCUCAUGUUACCAACCGACGACAUGCAGCACCCGGACGACGACGGGCGCUCGAAGCACUCCCUAUCUGUGAACCAGGUCGUAGUCCGCGUGGCGGGCAAGCCUCUCGGUCUGGACGCCGGCUCCCGUCAUGUGAAGGAGAGGUCAUUUCAGCCCUGCGGGCUGCACGUCGACGCCGGGGACGUACGUCACCCUAGGGGCUCGCCCCUCAUCUAUUCGUAUGUUCAGCAGAAAGGCGCGGCGCAAGUCGACGGGCGGCCGCUCAAAAAGAAUGAUCUUAUGAUCUUCGAAGAAACGUCUGGAGGUCGAUGCAUUCGUAUUCAGACCGCGUGCCCAGACCACGUGCGCAUUGCUAUCUUCUCGGGCGCCACGCGUCUCCACUGCAAUGUUUUACCGAACUAGCCCGAGCCGAGGACGCCCGGCCACACCCUCCUACGCAUCGUCCCCUACACGCUCAGUGGAGUCAAAAAGUUCGCCGACGCGGUCGAGAAUGACCCGGAACUGUGGCAGGAGGUACUCAACGGCGACUUCGACGAGGACCUGAGGGGCCGCUUCGCCCGCUUCCAGUCAGGGUAA